GUCGCCCACGCCGUUACCCCUACGCCGCGCUGCGAAAACCAACAACCAAAUCAAAUCCAGGGCCAGCAAGCGAGUGGUAGGCGAAGCCGCGAGAGCCCGCGGCGCUCAAGGGAGCAGAGGCGCCGCGUCCGCGAGGCGGGAGAUCUCGCCGCCGGUUGGAACCGGAGGAGAAGCGCUGCCGCCGCAUCCGGCGGUUCCGGCCGCUGGCCAAUGCAGGUGGAGACCGCCGCGGUAGGUCCCCCGUCUCCGCAGGGUUGCGGUUGGUGGGAGCGGUGUGCUUGCUGUGUGCAAAUGCAGUGCUGUUACGAAACCAAUUGUAAAUUCGCCUCCUACUGUUUUGGAUAACCGAGCAAUAGAUUCUCAUCGAGUAGUUCAUCGAUUCCCGUGGUUCGACAACUUUCCUGAGCAAGCGCAACAUCAUCUCUCCUUUCUAAGUGAAGGCACAUGUCUGGAUUUGAUUGGGUUGCACGUGACGCCAGUGCGCCUUCAUCAAAGCUACUUGCCUGUUUGGCUUAUUAGGUGUUUCGGUGCUUUGCUUGCAGAGCUCGCUUAGGAUGUGGAGGUGUUUGAGCUGCAGGUGGGCUGGAGAAAUGUGAUUGGUUCGGGUACUUUGAGAUUGACAUAUACCUGUUACGGAUUGGGGCUCAUGGAGUCGCGGAUGGAUCAGUAUGAGAUCAUGGAGCAGAUUGGUCGUGGCGCAUUUGGUGCUGCCAUCCUUGUCAAUCACAAGAUUGAGAAGAAGAAGUAUGUGUUGAAGAAAAUCCGGCUUGCAAGGCAGACGGAGCGUUGCCGCAAGUCUGCCCAUCAAGAGAUGGCUCUGAUUGCUCGGCUGCAGCACCCUUACAUUGUUGAAUUCAAGGAGGCUUGGGUUGAGAAGGGUUGCUAUGUCUGCAUCGUCACAGGAUAUUGUGAAGGUGGAGAUAUGGAUGAGCUGAUGAAGAAAUCAAAUGGUACUUACUUUCCUGAGGAGAUAUUGCUGAAAUGGUUCGGUCAGUUGGUAUUAGCUGUUGACUACUUGCACUCGAACUAUGUCUUGCAUCGUGACUUGAAAUGCUCCAACAUAUUUCUCACCAAAGACAAGGACAUACGCCUUGGAGAUUUUGGCCUAGCCAAGACUUUAAAGGAAGAUGAUCUAACUUCAUCGGUCGUCGGAACACCAAAUUACAUGUGCCCAGAGCUGCUAACAGAUAUUCCCUAUGGAUUCAAGUCAGACAUAUGGUCUCUUGGAUGUUGUAUGUAUGAGAUGGCAGCCCAUCGACCCGCCUUCAAGGCUUUUGAUAUGGCUGGACUAAUAAGCAAGAUAAAUCGGUCUUCCAUGGGUCCCUUGCCUGCCUGCUACUCGGUGUCUAUGAAAACCCUAAUCAAAAGUAUGUUGAGGAAGAGUCCAGAGCAUAGACCUACUGCAUCUGAAAUUCUGAAGAAUCCAUAUCUGCAACCUUAUGUUAAUCAAUACCGUCCUCUUUCUGAUGCCUCGAAUCCCAUGCGGAUGCCCGAGAAACCAUUACCCACUUCACGGGGUAGUCAGAGAAGCAUGACCGACAGCCAAAGCUGUAGCAUUUCUGGUAGUGACAUAAGCAGUACCCAAUCAAGCGACAGAAUCACAUCAGGUGGAGCUGCAAGUACUGAUAGAAACACCAUUGAUACUGGAAGUAUUCGAGAUGAUGAUCAAGCUGUCUCAGAUGAAAAAUGUGCAACACCAGAAGAUCUUAGAGGAAACAAAGAAAUUUCUAGUGCUCAUAUGCAAAGGCAAGAUUCAUCUAAAUCCAUACAUGUCGAUCACCAUCCCAGAACUGAGAGUAAACAACCAAAGAUCAUUGAGCAGAUAAUGACAACACUUAGAGAGGAGAGCAGGCUUAGAGAAAGCAAUUCCCCUGUCAGAGCUGGUGGUGGAAAGCUGAGUUCUGGUCUCGGCAACAAUAAUCAAACAGAGCAAUCAUCACCAGUCUCAAGGCCAAAUUGUGACAUGUCAUACAGUUUAAAGUCUGGUCACAUUUUGUCUCACGACGAACAUGUGAAUCAAGUUGAAGCAUCACCACCCUUGAAACAACUGUCACCUAUCGUUGAACGUUAUCCAAAGAUCAAAACUGCUGGCUCAUCAACUCCUGAACCUGCCAAACACAUCACGGAAAAUGGUACUGUAGAUUCAGGAAAAACUAAGGUUAAGACACCACCUACUACUACUAGACGCCCUAGCCCUCGGAGGCAAGCUGGAGUAGGGACUCCAAGUCUCCCAGUCACAAUGACAAAACGAGUUCAUACCAAGGUCAUGCCAGAGAGUGAGAACACUCCACAACGACUUUCCCGUGGCCCAGAUAAUGCUCUCAGUGAUCUUCCAUGUAAUAAUGUGACAAUAUCUACAAAUCCUAAAGGACAGCAUAUGAAGCUUAACACUCCACAAGCAAAAUCGACAAAUCUUUGGGAAGUUUUCACUGUAGCAUCCAAGGAAGACAGCAGUGCUUGCUCAAGUUCUACAGUUGGUUGUACUGAAAAGAUGGACCAUUCUGAAAUAUCUGAGCCUAAUUCACCAGUCUGCUUGAUUUCACCAUGUACAUGCCCUGCGCCCAACACUGUCAGAGAAGAGGAUGACUUAAGCACCAUACCAUGUUCGGAAAUUAACACUGACAAGAAUAUUGGGACUAGUAAUGGUGGUUUGAACCUGACCUCUGUUUUGGAGCCAUCCUUUCUGAGUUCUGAACAAGAGUUUGUUUCCAAGGAUGAUGUGCAAUCUAGCAAGCAUGGGCAGAGCACCAUCACAUUCCAAAGUGGUGAGGAUAAGUUCACUGUUCAAGAGCUGCUUUCGUCAGCACCAGAAGUUUCUUCCUCUAUUUCAUUUGUACCACAAGUUUCUCCUAUUUAUUCGGCACCAGAAGUUGCUCCUAUUUCAACCACAAAUGGCACACUAUUGGAGGACCCCAAUUCUGUUCAGCCAUGGAAGAAACAAAUAGUUUCUUAUUUAAACCCUCCAGUUGAUGAUGUGAUACAGACAGUAAGACAGAGCACAGCCCGUGUUAGUGAUGAGCAGCCAAGAUCAGAAAGUGUUCAAAGCCAUGCUCAGAAUAUGGAUGUCAUCAAACAUUUGAAUGUGAUCAGAGAUGAUGUCGAUGUAAGAAGCAGCUCAUCAAACACUCUGCAUCCAGGACGUACCUCAGUUACUGCCAAUUUGGAUGUUUCAGAAUCUAAUACUGCUAGUGAGAUACUAGCUGCUUCGAAUGUGGUAAAAUUAUCUACUGCCACAUCCGACGCCAGCAAUAGAAUCGAGACAUCCCCUGGUAAGGAAACAUUUGACGUUACAUCGUUUAGGCAGAGAGCCGAGGCUCUUGAAGGGCUUCUGGAGCUUUCUGCAGAGCUACUGGAAAACCAUAGGCUGGAGGAACUCGCCAUUGUUCUCAAGCCGUUUGGGAAGGAUAAGGUCUCCCCACGAGAAACCGCUAUCUGGCUGGCUAGAAGUUUCAAAGGGAUGAUGAAUGAAGAAGCAGGUCGGAUGUCGCUGUGAGCGCUAAGUUUUUUUUUUUUUGGUUUGAUUGCUUUGCCUUGUGCUCUGAGUAACUCAGAGCCGCUUGAUUUGAUAAUAGUAGUGCUCUGAGUUACUCAAAGUGGCCUGAUUUGAUAACAGCUUGUGGUCUUUCUUUUUCAUUUUGAGAAGACAGCUUGUGGUCUCUGUUGCCAGUUUUUGCCUUUUUGAUUGUUCCAUUCUUUCUGGCGUAUGUUGUGCAUAGCCAAGAACUGUAAACAGCAAUAAAGCUUGCCUCCGGUGUGCUGCAGCAAA